UACUGACUUUCACCGGUGCUUUGGGGAACGAGCGCGUGGUGAACAUAAAAGAAACAAAUUCGCAUUUACAAGUACUGAUAACGAAACGCACACAGGAGGGAAAAAUAAUUUAAAAGAGCACUUUUCUCAUUUAAAAAUUCCAUGGCAGGAACAAUUGAUCAGGCCAAAAUGAAGUUUUCGAGAAUAGUAAACAGUCGCUCGUACACCCGGUUCAAUCAAUCUCAGAAUCCUGAUGGAGAGAGCAGCCGUGUGGAGGUGAAGCUUGCUGUGGAUGGUGAGGAGGAAAUGGAUGGAAUAGAACAAGAACAAGAACACGUGCAACGUGACACGUACACAAGAUCCAGUCGUUCUGGGCCAUGGAACAAGUGGAGGUUUCUGGUUUGGGUGGGUGGAGUGCUGGUCAUCUUCUGUGUAGGUUUACUCAUUGGAUACUCUGUCCACCGCAAGUCUGAGUCUGCUUCCUGCUCUCCGGGAGAUGGUGUGAUCAAGCAUGACCCUGAAGAUCCACCUAAUCAAGAAUUUCCACCAAAUGAUCCACCUCCUUUGGAUUGGAGUGAACUUGUUGGACUUCUGAAUGAUAAACUGUCAUCUAAAGUCAUUGCAGAUAAAUUAAGCGAGUAUUCCCAGGUUGUCCGUAAAGCAGGAUCAUCUGCAGAUAACAAGUUAGCUGAUGAUAUCCAUGAUAUUUUCACGCAACUGAAUAUGGACCCCUGGGUUGAUGAACACUAUGUGAAGCUACAGUUUCCUAACAGCUCCAAUCCAAACAAAGUGUUGUUUGGUGCAGUGGAGAUCGGAAGUCCAAAAGGGUUCCUGGCUUACAGUGAAACAGGACGUAGAGAGGGCAGAGUGGUGUACGCCAACUAUGGUGAGCUUUCUGACCUGCAGAAUAAAGAAUACGGACUGAAUCUAAAUGGAUCUGUUGUACUGAUGAAAGCUGGAAAAAUCAGCAUGGCUCAGAAGGUUAUGAAUGCAGCUAAAAUGGGUGCCGUAGCAGCUCUGAUCUACCCAGACCCAGCUGACUAUAAAACUAUGUCUUGGGAUGCUGAACUUUAUGGUCAUGUCCACCUGGGAUCAGGUGAUCCUUACACCCCAGGAUUCCCAUCCUUUAAUCACAGACAAUUUCCUCCUGCCAAGUCCUCUGGUCUUCCAGGAAUACUUGCCCAGACAAUCACUGCUAACAUGGCACAAUCAAUCUUUGAAAAAAUGGGAGGAGAAGGUGCUCCUGAUAGAUUUAAGGGUGACUUAUCCAGUUACAAGUUGGGAAGUGAGAGUGACAAAGUAACCGUAGCAGUCAAUAAUAAUCUUGCAGACACCAAGAUCCAUAAUGUGUUUGGAGUCAUCAAAGGUUAUGUGGACCCUGAUCGUUAUGUUGUGAUUGGAGCACAGAGAGACUCCUUGACUUCGGGAUAUGCCAAGUCUACAGUUGGCACUGCUCUUCUGCUGGAGCUUGCGAGGGUUUUCACAGAGUUGAAGAAAGGUAGUUUCAGACCCAAAAGAAGUGUUGUGUUUGCCAGCUGGACCGCAGGGGAUUUUGGAAACAUUGGAGUUACUGAAUGGCUUGAGGGAUACUGGUCGUCACUGGACAGAAAAGCCUUUACUUACAUCAGUUUGGAUAGUGUUGUUACUGAAUAUAAUUUAUUUCUGUGUUUAUUAAAACCCUCCAUAUCAACUGGAUAUUCCAAGAUUGUUGACUUGGCUGUAGGCAGAGAUAAAUGGCACUUUUAUCACUUAAUCUUUCACAUGGGACAUUGGUGACUGGACCCUGAUGAUUGCUGUUUCAGGCUAGAAACCUGCUCGAACUCAUGAAACUGCACACACCAGAAGUGACGAAAAUGUACAUCUGAUAUAGCUUUCAGAAGUGGGUGUUGCAAAAAUGGCUGAAUAGCGCCAUCUAUACAUGUUCAUCGAAGUGCCCCUCAAGCUACGUUUCUGGUACAUGUAUGAAAUUCGGUAGACACAUGUACACACCAAUACCUACAAAAAAAAAGUAUCUCGGAGCAAAAUCCGAAACCUAACAGGAAGUCGGUUAUUUUGAAUUUUCUCUGCAAAUUUUGUUUAGUUUUUGUCAUUUUCAGGCGUUGUAUUUUAACGAACUUCUCCUAGAGAUUUAAUCAGAUCAACACCAAAUUUGCUCAGUAUAAUUUGAAGCCUUUUGUGAUGUUAAAUUGCAAAGAUCCUGAGUUUUCGUUGAAGGGCAAAUUAUGAUGUUUUGCCAUGAAACAGGAAGUUGCUAUAACUCAGACAUACAAUGUCUGAUCUGCCCCAAACUUCACG